AUGUCAGCUCCAGGUGAAAAGAGAAAAGUUUCUAGAAAGAAGAAGGAUCCAGAUGCUCCAAAGAGAUCCUUGUCUGCUUAUAUGUUUUUUGCUAAUGAGAACAGAGAUAUUGUUAGAGCUGAAAACCCGGGUAUUUCAUUUGGACAAGUUGGUAAAGCUCUUGGUGAUAAAUGGAAGGCUUUAAGCGCUGAAGAUAAAGUUCCAUAUGAAAACAAAGCUGAAGCUGAUAAAAAGAGAUACGAGAAAGAAAAAGCCGAGUAUGCAAAAAAAAACUCCAAUUAG